GCGGACUGUCAAAACUUCUGCAACACAUCAGCAGUAGAUACAGUGAGUGAAAUGAUUUCGAACAGUGUUUGCGUUCACUAAAGGUUCAGCUUAGAACGAUAUUAAUGUGAGAAGUACUUUAGCUGAAAGUGAACUAUGAACUUUGGUGCCGAUGGAAGCUAUUAUGACGACUACUCGACCGACUCCUUCAACUACUCCGAGUCAGUCUUUAAUUUCACCCCUAAGGAGUUCUUCAGGGUCUUCCACGAGCACCGGCAGUCUCGGAGGAUAUUGUUUCCUGACGCAGAGAUCGUCCUCAUAGUAUUCUACUCCAUCCUCAUCACCUCAGGUGUGGUGUCGAACGCGCUGCUCUGUUUCGUGGUAGCUCGGCAGUGUUCCCGCCGCACAAUAUCCAAUUCUGGACCGACCCCCAGGAACCUGUACAUCGUGAACUUGGCUGUGGCGGACUUGGGCCUGUGCCUGCUUGUCAUGCCCUUCACGCUGGUGUCACUACUGCGCAUGCGCUGGACCCUGGGUGUCGUGAUGUGCAAGAUGGUGCCGGUGGCGCAAGGGACCAACAUCACAGUCUCCGCUGGGACUAUCUCUGCCAUUGCUCUGGACAGGUACUAUACAAUAGUGCGGUCACCCAGGGGCCAAGUCUGCCAAAUGGCCACUUGCAGUGUUGCCGUCACCAUCACCUUACUGUGGACCAUCUCUCUGUUGCUCAUGGUACCCCUACUGUUGUACCAAGACGUUGAAGUCGUCAAAAUAGCAGGAUUGGUGGUGUACGAAGCGUGCGUGGAGACGUGGCCCUCCCCCAUGCUACAAUGUAUAUACACGCUAACCCUGUCCGUCCUGCAGUUCUUGGUGCCGGUGCUACUACUCAGCAUUAUCCACACCAAGAUCUCCGCUUAUCUGAGUGUCCAUCUCAUAUCUCCUCCGAGAGAAUCCGCUUGUAAACGAGCUCGAAGAGAGUUUCGACGUAACCGUCGCACGAUGAUCAUCCUGUCAUGUAUAGCUAUAGUAUACGCGCUGAGCUGGCUGCCGAUGACGGCGUUUACGGUACUGAUGGAACUGAACCCUCGUGCUAUCACAUCCCCUAAGACCAUCUACCUGGUGUUCUCUGUGUGUCACCUUGUCGCCAUGUCCUCCACCGUCACCAACCCACUCCUCUACGGCUGGCUCAACACUAACUUCCGCAGAGAGCUCGGAUCCGUUCUGGGCAGGGAGAAGAACCAACAGAGGGAACAUCGUCAGCAGUAUACUAGUGUGCACAGGCCUUCGGUGUUUGUCAAGGAUCGAAGGAUCAGCUUUACGUUCUUGACGACGCUGACAACAGGCACGACCAGUCACCGCAGUGGCGUUAGUGUGCACGGUGGCGUAUCUAGGGUGGAGCAUGUGUAAAGAGACUCGAUAUAUUCCGGCGCGCGCUUAUCCGGAACAUCCGGUAAUCCAACGUCUCGGGAAUAACUCCGCCGGAGACUUCCAGUCGCCCGAAGAAAUAUGUGUGAGAGAUGGGAGGUUUGAAAGAGCGAAAACACUGUACCUGAAAAUAAAAUCUUCUUCCUUAGGGAAGUAGAUACCAAAUAGCUUGUUUUUAAAAUUUGUGUAGAUACCCUUUAGUAUCGGUUUAUAGUGCAAUUCUCUAAUCCAUUAAUCUCGAUUACGUAUUAUUAGAGAUUAGAAAUAGUUACGCGAAGGUAUAAGAACAUUUUGUAACCUACUUUUGAAGUGUUUUUAAGGUAUUAUCUUAACUUUACAAUUACAGUCUAAGUUGUGAAACUAUAUAUUUAACGAAGUCAAAUCUAUUACUGUAUUUCAUAAGAUAUUGCUCUAUUGCUCAAUUUUACUGAAUGAUUGCAUAACGGUUUCGUGAAUACGAACGGAAUGUGGUUUCUUAUCUAAAGACCUUCCCUCUCUCAGCAUUUCGAGUUAACUGUGCCUUCUUUAAGUACCACUUGUAAGUAUAGUUGGACUUUUGGUCACGAUGUGGGCUUGUGCAGAUUUCAACAACCUCCCAUCCGUGACCAAGCCGUUGCUGAAGAUUUGUACGGUUUAAUGUAAAAACUGUUACCAAUACUAUGUCUAUUACUAAGCAAUGAAUCAAUCAUGAAUUAGGUAAUGUGACUUUAGUUAUAUUUACUAUUAGAAGCAUUAUUUAUUGCAAUAAUUAUUCGUUUAGUGUUUUGUAAUCAAAGUGUAUAAAAAGAUUACAAAUAUUUGAUUUAAAUUAAAACGUUAUACAUAUUUUUAGUAGUCUGGUCAUAGAGUAUGCGAGACAUUAUUAAUGGAAAAUAAAUAAGAGAGGUUACCAGUUGGUUGCUGUCGCUACAGAAUUAAUUAUCGAAUCGUGCAAUCUGAUUAAACCGCUACCAGUUUUAUAUAGUCGUAAUUGAACUUAUGAAUGAAUCAGCUGUUUAUUCCAUCCUAAUCUGUUUGAUAAUCUAAAACAAAAUUCGCGGUUGACAGAUUACUUCUUAAAAUGACAAUGACGAUAGAUAUUCUCUAUAUUUUGAACAUAAUAAUUAAAGUUAAUUUCAUCACAAUGCUUUACACUUGAUGCACCAUAAUAGCGGUUCUUUAUUAAACUAGACACAAUACGAGAUAUUUAUCGCAUUGAUUUUGUUCAAGUAAAUCUACAAGUUUCACAGUAAAUCAGUUAAGACAUUUUACUAGUGAUUAAGUUUUCUCAUAUUCACACAUUUAAAGUAAUGAAAUAAAUGAAAAUUACUGAAAAUGAAAUAAAUAUAAAUAACAAAUUGUCAUAUAUACAUAAUUCUAACGGUGUUUUGCUUCGAUGACAAACCGAGACAUCAGCUGUUCCACGUGUGAAGGUUUUCAUAAUAGUACUGAUGUAAUAAGAAAAGAUAUUGUACACAAAUUUAUAGAAAUAUCACAACUUCUUUCCUCGAAACCCUUCUACUGGCCAUGGGAGUAGUUGAAGUUUCGUGUUUCAUUUUACCACACGUUAACCAUCAGUUCAAAUACUAACUCCCAAUACAUUAGUUAUCUGUGUGUUUCUUACGAAUUAAAGAAUAAAACAGAGAUAAUUAAAAAAAAAUCAAAACAGUAUUACUAAACUCCUAAUUUCGUGCUGUAAAAAAACCUAUAACAAGUAUAGUUUUCAUGACAACAUAUUUGACAACCUAUAACAAGACAACAUAUUUCAUGUUAAAAAGGACUUAACAAAUCAACAAAGUGACUGCUAGGAGAAGAAAAAUAGAUGGCCAGUUCUAGGGUUAAAAGCAGUAAAAAUUUUUCGCUUUAAAUACAUUUAGCCAUGCUUUGUUUGAAGGUUUGCAGAUCACAGCACUGAUGUAACCUUCAAACAACUGCAAGCAAGUACUGUUGCAGUAACACAGAUUGCAGAUAUCGAAACGUAGUGUUACUGAUUUCUUGUUUCACUGAACGAUGGCAAAUGUCCGGAAAAAUCCUGUUUCCUUCAUUUAGCCAUGGUUAAGUGUAGCGAACAAAAUUUUUUUAACUUUACUAGUAUCUAGUACAUAUUACAAAUAUAAAACAGAAUUCUUAACGAAGUGAAGUGAUUGUUAAACAUUGAAACGUUGUUUCAUGCUGGAACGUUGGUGUCUUAAAAGCCGGCGUAGUAGAAUUACGGUAAAAUUCUCAGUUUACAGAAUUAUUUAAUGUAUAUUUUUUACAAAUAGACUUUAUUUCCUAACUUUUUAGAUUGUUACGCUUAAAUGAUAUUUUACUAUACACAAUUAUGCUUUUAAAACAAGAACUGUUGUACACAAUCGCGUCUUUUGUGGUUCUGUUGUCUAUUUUAUGAUAAGUGUUAGGUUGUAAAUCCAGUAUACUAUAAGUAAAGUAUUUUGAUAGUAUUUUGAAUGACUUUGUGAUUUUCAAUAUACAGUAGCUAUAAAAGGAUCUUAUUUGGAUUUAUGUUUUGGAGUUAUUGUGUUAUGUGAUUUCAUAACGAAUUAUAGAAAUAUUUUGAGAACUAAA